CAGAUCAUGACGAUGUAUGAUAUCAUCUGUCAAUGGAUUGUGCACGCAGAGCAAUGCAUGGACGAAUACCCCAACAAUUUCCGGACACAACUUGUGGACUUCAAAACUGAGCUACUCUACGCUAUAGGGAAGCUGCACUGGCAUGGCCACAAACCUGACGGCCACUCAUGCUACUCCCUCAAUUACAUCUCAGGAGCAGCACGAACCGAUGGUGAGGGCAUCGAGUGGUGCUGGUGGGACAUACAGCCAUUGGCAAGCAGCACACAAAUGCUGGGGCCUAGUGAGCGCCAAGGCUCAUUAAAUGACAAUUGGAGCUUCACAAACUGGGUUAAGCUUCUUGGGCUUGGUGCGUACAUCCUCAAUGAAUGGGCGAAGAAUUCUAACUGUUGA